AUGGAGAAUCUACCAGAGUCACCAUUUUCGGAUUCUGCAUUGAUAUCAUCGCUAUGCAACAUUUCUUCUUCUCAUGCGGAUAUACAACAAAAUUCUCAUGACUUAGAUGGUCUCACUCCAAAUCAAUUGGUGUUGUUACUCCAUGAUAGUAAUCUUCGUGGAGAAGUCAUGUAUCAACUCAUCAAGAAGCGAGAUACAUGCGAAGAUCUAGCUCCAUUGCUGUGGAACACCUUCAAUGUAGUUUACAUGCUUUUGCUGGAGGUCAUAUCAGUGUAUUGGAAGUUGUCACCCCCAACGCUAUCUAUGAAGGAGUCAACUCGAGUGUGUAAUGCUCUUGCUUUGUUUCAGGUUAUGGCCAAAAAUCCAGAAACAAGAAAGGAGCUUAUAGAAGCUAAAAUACCAUGUUAUUUCUACCCAUUUCUCAAGCCUAGUGGAGACGACAAGCCUUUGGAGUAUUUGAGGCUCACCAGCUUGGGUGUUCUCGGUGCCCUAGCAAAGUUUGAUGAUCCAUAUGGACCAAAGGUUCUUCAUUUUUUCCUGGAAACGGAAGUGGUUCCUUCGUGCCUGGAGUGCAUUGAUCUAUGCGAUGAACUGUCACGGAAGGUUGCAACUCUCAUAGUUAUGAAAAUUCUGAUGCAAGAGAAGGGAAUGUCCUAUUGUAGUGCUACGCCUGAACGCUUCUACUCGAUAGUACAGGUCUUGUACCGAGUGGUGCAGAAACUUACUGAAAAACCUUGUUUGCUGCAUCUAAUGUAUGUGAUACAAUGUUUUCUUAGUCUUUCAGAAGUAUUCAAGUUCAUCGGGUAAACAUUCUCGUCCUUACUGCUCAAGUUUUAUGUAUAAUUGUGAUUUUCUUUAUA